GUUGUACCACCACCAAACCUUCACCUAACCGUACCACGUGAUUCAUUCGUAAUUUAUUUCAGUACAGUACAACACAAAAUAGACAAGACGAUUAUUUUCUUUAUUUCUGUAUAAAGUGAUUCGCUGAUUGAUCAGAAACAAAAUGAAUAACGAGCAACAAAGAAUCGAAGAACUUGCCGUCAACUUAUUUAACAUAAAUGCGGUAAAAUUUGGAGAAUUUGACACGAAAAGCGGUAUAAAAACUCCGGUUUAUUUCGAUUUGAGGGUUAUCGUAAGUUAUCCAGAUGUGAUGGAAUUAAUAUCGGAUCUCAUUUAUGAGUUUGCCUUCAAAGAAAUGGACUGUGUUCAUAUAUGUGGUGUGCCAUAUACGGCAUUACCGAUUGCUACACUGUUAAGUGUGCGUGCUAAAAAAUCUAUGCUCAUGAGGCGCAAGGAAGCCAAGGCAUAUGGAACUAAGAAAAUGAUAGAAGGUCAUUAUGAGGCCGGCCAAUCCUGCCUCAUAAUUGAGGAUGUUAUAACCUCUGGCUCCAGCGUGCUCGAGACUGUAAAAGACUUACGUAAAGAGGGAUUAAAGGCAGACAGAGCGUUAAUAAUACUAGACAGAGAGCAAGGUGGACGUGAAAAUUUGGCUAAAAAUGAUGUACAGAUAAAAUCACUGUUCACUAUGUCAAAAUUAAUAGAGAUAUUAGUGCAAAAAGAAAAGAUAGACAACACAAUGGCUAAUAAAGUAAAAAAAUAUUUAUUAGAGACUCCAGCAGCAGUAAAAAUUGACAGUUUAGAGGACCGUACUCUAUUAACUUAUGAACAGAGAUCAGAGUUAUCCACUAAUACUGUGGCCAAGAGAUUAUUUCACAUUAUGUCUGCGAAGAAAAGUAAUCUCUGUUUAUCGAUUGACUUAACGUCUACUAUAAAAAUAUUAGAUAUGAUAGAAAAAGUUGGUGAGCAUAUAUGUUUAUUGAAGACCCACGCCGAUAUUAUAGAAGAUUUUAACACAGACUUCACCGUGAGUCUUAAAAAUCUAGCAAAGAAGUUCAAUUUUUUGAUUUUGGAAGAUAGAAAAUUUGCAGACAUAGGAAAUACUGUAGCUCUGCAAUACUCAAAAGGUAUACACAAAAUUGCAGAGUGGGCUGACUGUGUCACAGUACAUUCUUUGCCAGGAGAAGGCAUUUUAAAAGCAAUAAAUAAUUCAUGUGAUAAUGGUAUCGGUAGCCGAGGUGUGUUUCUGUUGGCAGAAAUGAGUAGCGAGGGAAAUUUAAUAACAACCGAGUACACGGCACAAACUGUGAAAAUGGCUUCAAAAUAUCCAAAUGUAUUAACAGGCUUUGUCUGUCAGACUAAAGAAUCAUUUAACGAUCCGCGAUAUAUUCAACUGACACCAGGAGUGCAGUUUGAAUGUUCAAAGGAUGAACUCGGUCAAGUGUACAACACUCCUGAGAAAGUAAUUCUGGAGAAAGGUGCAGAUGUAGUCGUCGUCGGUAGGGGUAUUGUGACUGCCAAGAAUCCAGAAGCGCAGGCGGUUCUUUACAAAAAUGUGUUAUGGAGUAAUUAUUUGAGAAGAGUUUCUGGCAAAAUAGAAUAAUUAUAAUUUCACAAGUAUAUAGAAUCAAGGGACCAGUUUAAUCUGUGAUAAUGGAACAAGGUGCCAGUGCUGAAUACAACAAAUCAUAUUUUACUUCAGGCAGAUAAGAGGAUUGUACGCUGUUCAUGCGUGAAAAAGUGAUCAGAGUUAUCAAUUAAAACAGUAGCUAAAAAUUAUCUAAUUGAAGAAAAUGACCAAUCUCUGUAUAUCUGUUCUCUUUAUGUAUAUUGUAAACACAUUGGACAUUUGUGUUUAUAUAGAAUCCACUGCAAUAUUAUAGAAGAUUUUAAUACUAGCUUUACUGCGUGCGAGUCUCAAGUUUUGUAAAGAAGCUCAAUUUCUUGAUUUUUGAAAAUAGGAACUUUACUGACAUAGUAAACACUGUAGCUGUGCAGUACCUACUCAAAGAGCAUACACAAAAUUACAAAGUGGGCUGACUCUAUGCCAGAAGAAGGUAUUUUAAAAGCAAUAAAUAAGUACUUCAGGGAAAUUCCUGAUUGCGCCGCAGAAACGGAAAAAUUGGAUUCAAAAUAUCCAUACUUAAUAUUGGGCUUUGUCGGUCAGAAUUAAGAAUUAUCAGCAGUGCAGUUUGAAACGUCCGUCGUGACGAAUAUGUUCUGGUAUACGAUACUCCCGAGAAAGUAACUCUGGACAAAGGUGCAUUUAUAAUAUUCAUCAGAAGGGGUAUUGUGACUGUCAAGAAUCCAGAAAAAAGAAAAUAAACUUAUUGUCUACUCUGUGUUGUACUGUAUUGAAAUAAAUUACGAAUGAAUCACGUGGUACAAUAUACCUAUAUAAUAAGUGUAUGGUAC